UAUAUCCCGGUUAUCCCCUCGCAGAACGGGUCGAUCGUUAACGCGCAACGCUACGGCCAUCGUGUAAAAAGUACCCACAACGCUUGGAUAGUGCACGCCGAGGGCAGGACGUGUUUUCCACUUUCCUCUUGUGAUAUUUAAAUUGUGCCAAUAAAAGAAACGAGGAAAUCGACAGAAAAUGGAAGAUGACCAGCAGUUUUGUUUAAGGUGGAAUAACCACCAGAGUACAUUGAUCCAAAACUUCGAUACACUUCUAGAAAGCGGCACUCUGGUUGAUUGCACGUUAGCUGCCGAAGGAAAAUAUUUAAAAGCGCAUAAAGUGGUACUUUCGGCGUGCAGUCCCUAUUUUGAGGGACUUCUGAGCGAACACUAUGAUAAGCAUCCGGUGUUUAUCCUUAAAGACGUUAAGUUUAAAGAAUUGAAAGCAAUGAUGGACUAUAUGUACAGGGGAGAAGUGAAUAUCUCCCAAGACCAGCUCGCAGCGUUACUCAAAGCUGCUGAAUCACUGCAAAUCAAGGGGUUAUCCGAAAGUAAAACGAGUGGCAGUAACAAAAUGGAUACGAGGCAACAGAAAGUCGUGCCACAAGUUACGGCGGCCCCGUGUGACAUUCCACAGGGGGCUCCUGGUCUAACCAUAGAAAAAAACAAAGUUCCUACUAGACAAAAUUUGCCGCAGGGAUCUGUUGGGGACCUACCGGAAGACUCUGCUAGUCCCCAAAUACCACCCAAAGGUCUUUCUUCGAGGGAAGGUUCGCAAAGUCCAACUUCGAGAAAAAGAAAAAGGUUUCGAAGAAGAAGCAUCGGUGAAGAUAAUAAUUCGAUGGAAAACCACGAGGCCUCAAACUCGAACGAUAUGUCUCAACAAGUGGCUGUUCCAGCACUUGGUAUCGCGCCUGUCGCGGAAGAAACGUCACACGUAGAUCCUGCAGACUCGAUUGGCAGGUCAGCCUUAAUGACGCAGCUGACGAGACCUGCGGAUGAAAUGCUGCAACUACCACUAGAAAAACCGGAGCCAAAUGAUAGUCUCAUCGAGCCAAAGUCGGAAUAUAUGGACGAUCCGGAAGAAGGCGUCGAAGAUCUGACGCUCGACGAUGACAUGAACGAUCUAAACGAAAUGGAACCGGAUAACAAUAGAGCUGGCCCGUCCCACGAUCCCUCGCAACACCCAGCAGGAAUAGGCGCGUGGCACGUUACAGGAGAUCGAAGUAACGCGGGGGGAGUUGUGGGCUCGGUGGCAGGAGCUCCUGGAACGACAGACGAAGUCUUUCUCGCAGCCCAAGAGGCCGCCCAGGCCCACCGCGACUCUCAAGCCGAGGACUUGAGCAUCACCGGUCUAAAGUGGGCAGCCGCUUGGCAGCGAUGGAGCGUUCCCUCGAUCAUGUGGCGGUCCGGCGGUGGAUUGGGCAAAGGCCUCGGUUCCGGCUCAUCGAACCCGGAAGGGUUCAACUGUCCUGCCUGCGGUAGGGUCUACAAGCUCAAGAGCAGCCUGAGGAAUCAUCAAAAGUGGGAGUGCGGCAAAGAGCCACAGUUCCAGUGCCCUCAUUGCGUUUACAGGGCGAAGCAGAAGAUGCACAUCGCGCGACACAUGGAACGGAUGCACAAAGAGAAGAUCUACAAACAGGAGCUCGUCUAACCGGGUCGGUACGGGAUGGGGGGGUGGUGUUUCGGGAGGGACGGGUUACGGUGUACGAAGCGAGGAUCGUCGGCGUCGACGUCGACGUGGUCGUCCGGGCGCGAAAGGGGUGGUCGCGCGGUGCGCGAACCAACGGAAAGCCGCGACCAGCAGGAACAGGAAGAGGAAACUAGCCAGGACGAGGACUUUCGCGCUCGAUCGACGGGGCUGAGCUUGCGCUGGGACAUCGAAGAAGACGAGCGACGCGAUUGGAAUAUGAGAACGAGGCUAAUAACAGCGAGGAUGACGAUGGAAAAGAAAGCGAUCGAGGAUGGUGAGAUGGGAAGACGAGACGCGGCUGGCUGGGCUGCCGCGGCAGCCACCGAACCGGGCAAUUGCCAAUCCUCCUUAUCUCGAUUUUGGAUUCUAUUUUUUUUAACGUUUUUUAAGGUUUAUUAUUAUUAUUAAUUAUUAUUAUUAUUUUUGCGCAACGAGAUAUACCGCGUAUAAACGAGAGAACGCGUCAAAUUCCCGCUCGGGGCGAUGUAUUCGUAGCCAAAUCACGAUAACGUUCCUCUUACAAACGAUCGAUCAUCAAUCUUGGAUUUUUAUUACGAUCGUGGCGUAUUAGCACGCGUGUACACUUUCUUAAAACUGACAACGAGAAGAUACACGAGUGUUCGCGUAGCUGCGAGAGGGAUAGAAUCCUCGAUCGGACGAUCGCGCGACAUACAUUUCCAAUGUGUUCGACGAUUCCUAGAAGAUAGUAAGCAGAUAAUGCGAUUUCAAACGAACCACGAAAGAGGCCCGAACCGAACACACCUAUUAUUAAUACUAUUACUAUUACUAUAUUAUUAUUAAUAUUAUUAUUAUCAUUAUUAUAGUACGUAUACUCAGAUAGAGUCGUCCGUGUUAGAACGGCUCGCCCCGAGUCGGAUCAAGACCGUCCGGUAAACCGGAGCUCUUCCAUAGCAACCAUUCUGGUCACACUGGUUCCAUAUUUUUAAAAGGGCUCAGCCGUGCGCGUGUGGCUCACCGGGGACACAAAAAUCGUGCGAUGGAAAUGAAUUUCCAAAAAAUUCACUUGAAUGCUGACUGACAAACAAUUACUCGUGUAUGAUAUCGUAGGCGGGGAAUGUUGCUCGAUCCGGUUCGCGUGCUUCUCGUCGCAACUUUAGACACACAUUUGCACGCACCAAACUCGAAUGUACACGUAAGAACCGAGAGAUUCAGUACUCAAACCGCAAUCCGUUCGGCCUUUUCCUCUUUCGAGAAAGGCAGCCAUUUUGAUAUAUUCCUUUUUUUUCUUUUUUUCGCUGCUAAAGCAACGAACCAGAGAGGGUACACAGUAUUAAGCACCGACGCCGAUCGAAGUCGAUCGGCGUCGCCAAGUCUUUUGCUUAUCUCUAAUGCUUCCUUCCAUUCGUUUGAAACUCUAACGAACACACCUCCACUAUAUAUGUAUACGUACAUACCCCAUACACGUAUAUUCACGCAUACAUACAUACUCGUACGUACAAUUAAUGAUACGGAUAUUUUAAAUACCACGAGGUAUUCCUAUAGCAUUGUGAUCGUCAGACUGCCAGAUACACGAACCAGUAGAUUCCUAUACGAUGCAUUUAAGUAUAUACAUAUAUUUAUAUUAUAUAACGCGUAUGAUUAAUGCUUUUUUUUUUUUUUUUCGUUCUUUAAUUAAGCGAUCCUCGAGUUUAAGAUCCCUCGCGAUACUUUUGUUCACUGCCGGCGACACAAGAAGCACGUCGACCAGUCCGAUGCAACGAACCGCGAGAAACUUGCGCCGAGCACGAUGACUUAACCGCGUUUCUCUUUUUCCAUUUUUUUUUUUCUUUUUCGUUUUUCUCUUAAGCUUUUCACCUUUUCUACGACAACGUUCUUCCACCGUACCGUGAACCGCUUUUUCCGCGCGGUCCUCUCUGCGACGCGGACCUCCACGCGAUUCGAGCCUAUUUUUUUCCUCCCCCGCAAAACGCUCCGUCGUUAAUUCCUGGUCGCGCUGUGAUCGCAGAGAACGAACCGUAAACGUGGAUGUUCCUCGACUAAACUAGUUCAUCCGUAUCCGACUUGACGAUUAAGACGACGCGCGUGCUCGGCAAGUACCUGGCAUCCGGUCCCGUAUUCCUACGCCAAAUACGCGCGCCACGGCUGCCCGACUUUCCAUACUGUAGACAAUAUUUAUGAGACAAGCUAACCUAAACUAAACUAUACUCGUAAUUCAUAUUUGUACACUGUAAGUAUGUGCGCAACGUCUGACGCGAACGAAGCGAUAGAUUUAAUUUCGUUUCCUCACUGACGAGCGUGCUCCUCGCUCCGCGUUAUUCCGCGGCCGAGUUCUCGAUCGACCACCGUUAACCAGUCGAUCUGCAACAGAACGCAGGACGCACUUGCAUUCAUGUAAAUAGAAGCUGCGCGAAUGAAAAAAAAAUCAGCAAACAACCCCGCGAAACUCUCGGUCUCUUCGUUGAAAACGCGAGCCGAGAGAAAACUUGAAACGGAGAGAAACAUCGGUCAAAGCGAAGCAGGCCAGGAUCAAUUCCUCUCCGUACGAGUGCAAUAACUAGCCAUCCGCGUACGUAUAUAUUAUUUCCGACCAGGGAAACCAGCAUUUUCGACGACAGCGACGCUGAUUUCCCUCCUCCGAUUUCCUUCAUUUUCCUUUUGCCAGGCCGAUCGAGAACUCGUCCGUCGACGCGUUAUAUACGAUAUAUCGCAUGCUAAGCGAACAAAUGGCUACUAAUGAUCGAAGAUAGUGAGAGACGAGACACGGAGAUCGGUAUAGCGGGUGCCUAAGGGUGGGUGAGAGCGAUGGGGUUGGGUGGGACUGGUUGGAGAACGAGGCCGGACGAUGCAGUUUGAAUGGGAUUGACACGAUAAGAAUCCACGUAUUAAAUAGAGAGGUAUCAGGGAUUGGGGGACGAUCGGGAGACGGAUAAGAGAGAUAGUGUUAACGCUGAACACGUUUAUGGAUCGACUUGAUACAUAUAGUUACUGAGUAAUGUUAAUCGAUAAUAUUACUGCCUCACGAGGCCUUGAUGCGUGGCGGCGGUCGAUGAACGAACGAGAACGGAGCUGGUUUCAAACGUUCGCGAAACAAUAUUAGUCGGGGGAAAUUGUGCCGAGGAGGAAAUACGGGGCGGAAUUUAGAACGGGGGUGGAACGGGCAGAUUUCCUUGCGGCGACGGGCCAACAACCGACCGCCGUCAUCGACGGAGAUUACUAGAUUAUUAGGCACGUAAGAAAUAAUAUUAGCUAGGUCGUAGGUUUUAAUGACUCCUUUCUUCUUUUUUUUUUUUCUUUCUUACUUUUCUCUUGUAUGUAAGAAGACGGAAUGGGACGCCUUAGCGUUCGCCGUGCGAGAAUCUGUGGUCGGCCGAGCCGGACGAAUAAUUCAGACAAUUAGGAAGAGAGAACCGAACUGCUGUGAGCUAGAGGCGUGUGAAAUAACGAGAGAGCGAGAAAGUGCGAAAGAAAGAGCGCGUGUAAUUGCGUGAAAGGGAAAUUUCGAGAGAAACGGUGGAAAGAGAUCGUGGAGGGUACGUGAUAAUCAACCGUCGUGAUAGAGAACGAUAAAUAAGUCGUUUGGUGUGGGCGGAAAUAGAGAGGAAGAGAGAGAGGGGUGGCAGGAAGCUUCCAAUCGCUCGCAAAUUUAUAUCGGAAAGAGUUUGAAAAGAAACUUGUUCUUUUUGUGUUUCGUUCGCAUAGCUGUACCAACUCUUUCGAAGAUCACUCUCGAGAGAGAAGGAGCCGAACCUUCUUCUUUUCCUCGCGAUCGAUCAAUUUUUGAAAGCACACAAAUUUACAUAAUUAAUGAAGAUGGAUAGUUGACGCAUUUAUCUUUGAGAAAUUAAAAACUGUCGCGUGAUCGUUAGGCAAGAUUUCACCUCCGUAUAAAUCGGUACGCGUUGAAGGAUAAAGAUUCGAUCCUUUUUUCAUCCUCGUUUUCCCUAUCUUUUUCUCUAUUUUCUUCGAGUGUUUUUCUCUCGCUCUAUUUUCGUUAAAAAAAGAUUCGAUGCUUCUCCAGCCUCUUUGUUGAUCGAUCUUGCGAGGAUUAUUUCGCGUACGAAGACAGCAUACGGUAAAUUCGUUCUUGUUACAUGUGCCUUUGAAAAGUUUAGGAAGAGAAAGAACACGAGAAUCUAAAGAUUAUUAUAGAUACACCGAUACACGCUGGCAUAACACUUUUAUCGCGGCUGAAAUUAACGUUGAUCGUAGCUGAAACGCGGGGAAAUACGAAGAGGAAAACGAUAGAAGGAACGCUGGAUAUCUCUAGAUUCGGUUUCACAUUCUUUUCAAAUGAAAGAAAAAGCGUAUAGACGUACAAAUGCAUAAAAAGGUCGUGGCUAAAAAGAGCAGGAGAAAAAGUAUAGAAUCUUUGGGAUAAGAAAAACGAAAAUAUUACAUGUAUAGAUAUACAUAUACAUAUACGUGUAUAGAUAAAAAUAUAUAUAUAUACACACACGUAUAUAAUACGCGCGAGUACACGAGGGAAUCGUCGUUUAAAAAAAAAAGAGGAUAAAAUGGUAGCUUUUUUACGAAUUCGUUUUUUGUACUAAUUGUCGUGGCUUUUAAUCAUGUUUAACUCGAAUCAUGCGCAUUAUAAUUGGGCUUAUUAAUAAUCGUUUACUUAUGUUUUCUUUUCUUUUUUUGUUUUUUUAAUUAGGUUUUUUCAUUAUAUUUUUACGAUUAUUAAGGCUGCCGCGACAAAACUGAUCGCGCCGCGGCAGGCCAACGAGGAAUUUGUUUUUGAAUAUUCUUUAUUUUGGGUGUCGGUUUGGGAUUGGGAAAAACUCUAACCGAAAGCGAAGAAAAAAAAAAGCAAAAUAUGCUGUCGCGAAAAUAUCGAGACCUAAAUGACAGCUCGAGGAUGGCGAGGCAAAAUGUAAUGUCGAUAAUUUCUUUUUUUUAAUUAUUUUUAUCGUUAGGCAUUUCUAAUUAGGCGCAGAAACGAUGUUUUUAUUUGUCGGGAGAAGGGAUGAAUUAUUAAAAGGUGUACAAAAAAAAGGAUAUAUAUAUAUGUAUAAGGCAAAGCAGAAAAUUAUUUGAGCGAAAUACGAUCGUAUGGAGUAGCAAUUUUCCAUAUGUUACAUUUGUUGAAAUUGAAAAUAUUUUGUUAGUCUUUCAGUGUUUCAAAAUUGGCGGCUUUUACGUUCGGUGUUAAUGAAUCGAUCGUAUUUCGUUGCUCGCGAUAAUUUUGGAGGAAACGCGCGCAUAGUGUGUGAUAUUUGAACGGUGAAUUUAUAGUUUAAGGUCUCGCGAGAAACUUCACGUGGUCGCGUUGAACGUUUUAUCGAAAAAAUUUAUAGAGAUUCGCGAUGUUACAAAAUUUAUUAUUCUUUUGUUUGCAAGGAAAGAAAGAUCUAUUUAUUAAGAAAUUGUUUAGCGCCUCGAUGCAAAGGUAUUCGUCGAUUAUAUAUAUAUAUAUAUUAUAUAUUAUUAAGAGAGGAAAAAAAGGAAAAGUUAGCAUAAAAAAAAAAUCGGAAAAAGAAAAGGAAAAAAAAUGCCACGGAAAGAUAUUACGUUAUAUCGUUUUUAAAAAAAUUAAUCGUUUUUUUCGCCCUAGGGCUUAAGCUUUAUCAGGCUCGUGCGGUUUCUCAGGAGGCCGAUCAUUUUCUUUGUUUCGCGAUAUUUACUUUCGAAGGGAAAGUGGUUUAAAAGAAGGGAGGUAAAAUAAAAAAAACACGAUUCCGGCGAGGAUUAGAUCGGAAUUUAUAAAGUAGCGUGUAGGAUACGUAGGGCAAUUCGCGAAAUAAAAAAGUGUGACAGACAUAUGCCAUCCAGGAAUUUAGAAAGUACACACCGCUUUAUUUUUUCUAUAACGUUCUAUAUUUCUAUUAUAUAUCUUAUAGUAAACGCGAGAAUUUGUGGAAAAAAAAAUAUGAAAAAUUAUUGAAAAAAAAAAAAAAUACAGAUAAAAGAAUAAGAAAAAACGUUUCGAUUGCAGAGCAUUCGCGUUUUAUAGAAUAAAUUAGGCGAUGGUAAAUUGAAAGAGCAAAAGGGAAAACGAAAGUGAGAGUGAAAGAGAAAGAGAAACAUGGUAUGCGAGUGCGAGAUAGGUAGAGAGAAAGAGAAAUUGAUUUUUUCAAUUGCUAGACUUGUGUGAAAGCGAAAAAUAAUGAUCAUCGGGUGGUCGGCGAAGGAUCAACGAAUGAUCGCGUCUCGAAUCGAUCGAAAGCUUCGACUUUCGUAUUCGCUUGGGCUGGAGAUAUCUGUCUCGAUUGGUAAAUAGAAAUAGUUUUCGGCCACGCUCUAUAUUUUUCAAAGAGUCCGGUUGUUUUUGCUACGAGUGACAACGGUACGAGUGUUAAUCGUUUGGACAAAAGUAUGCGAGAAAGAGUGGCUGGAUAAGAGAAGCACGAAACAUCGCGUUCUGUCGUGGAAAAAUUUCCAAGUAAACGAGACAGAGGAAAGUUGUUUGGUUACUCUUCCGGUAAAAAAAAGAAAAGCGGGAAAAUUCGACGACGGAAAGAAGGCACGCGGCCCUCGAGAGAGAGACAAACGAUCGCAACGGCCCUUUGACGUACCGGGGCCCUUAGCUUUUAAGCAAAUAGAUAAAACUAAAAAAAAAAAAAAAGAAAAUUUAUAUAGAAAGAUACUUAUAGACAGGCAACGUCGAAAACUUGCGUCAACUCGGAACACGGGUUUUGAAAGGAGAUGUUAGCGAAAACGAGAUCGCGAAACAGCGCAGCGUUCUGUGUGACAGAAAACGCUCGUUACGCUAACUCUGGUCUAAAAGAGAAUUAUCUUUAUCUUUGUAUUUAGGAUUACUUCGAAUCGCGACGAUUCAAUCUUUAUAAUCGCCCGCUGUUUUCCGAGUCUAAUCGAACGAAACGCUCCGUGAAUCUGAUUCGGCUCUCGAGUUUGAAAAACUAAUCCGAUAGAACGCGAAUGGCAAAGUCCGUGAAGAGAAUAGUAGACGGAGAGGGAGGGAAAGUGAAAGAGAAAAGUAUCGAUUUCCUUUUUGAAAAAUAUCGUACUAUGUAUAUCGUACUAGAAAACAAUCGUACUAUGAAUUGAAAUUUCAGAACCGCAGUCAGGUACUGCGAUUGAUUUUCCCGACGACCGCGACGCGUUCGUCGCUCGUUCCGUGUCCAAACAUUUCCCGCGUCUGAGAGACGAGAAACGAAAUGAAAUUUUGAAUGAGGAAAAUUUUUGGCGAGACAAAUGGAAAUCGAUUGACGCGAGAAUAGAAACAGCGAGAAUCGACCACUGAACCCCGGUGUAUAUACAAAUCGUAGGUACAUACUUUCCUUAGCGGUUUUUGCGCGAAGCGUGCGAGAAGGGAAACGGAAAGAAACGAAAAGGAACGGCGUAACGAAAGCGAAGCGUACGAAAAAUAAAAAAAAAAAAAAAGAAAAAAGAAAAUCACAUAAAGUCACGAGACAAAACGUGUCACCGAAAGAACGAUGUAGCUUCUGAACCGAGAGAGCCUUGUGUUAAGUGCCUUCAAGUACGACUUAGAUUUUAGGAUAGACGAAGGAGAAAAAAAAAGAAAAAUAAGAGGCGCUGGGCGCAUCCAGCUGUGAACGAAUUUCUACGGUAUUAUUGGCCGGGUGUCAUGCACAGAGAACAAAUCGAUGGCUAACUACUACGGUUCGAUGCGGAUUCUCUUCCUAUCGAUUCUUCAUUUCUUCGGUGUGAAACGACGAAACAUUUUGAUAGAGGCUUUUAUAAUACUGCCGCCGUGAAAUUCGACUCGUACAAAGCGUGACGAAGAAGAAAAAAAAAAAAAGAGCAAACGAAGAAAGAUAGGAAGAGGAGUUGAUCGAUAGAUAUUAUACGCGAAAAUAUAUACCGCUUAGGAAAAUGGCACUCGGCGAACAUCUUGAGACCAGUGAUAUUUUUUUAGAAAUUAUUUAUUUACGCCGAACGAAGCAGAAUUUAAUCUCGAUCACUCGCCUUUAUACUGCCAAUGUAUCCGCUAAGACGUACUCAUCUUCGUUGUCGAUCCAUAUACAUAGUGACCACCACCACCACCACAACCACCACAUCCCUUACGCGUUACAUUGUUCCUUUUUCUUCUCCUGACAACCGCAAUGUGAUUCCCGCGUGUUUAUUUAAACUAUACAGCUCCUAGUUACACUCCAGACACACGUUUCUCCUUAUUUCAAUAUCUACUUGUACUUUUCCUUCAUUUUAACCCUUUUUCUUCCUGUUUCUAUAUCCCCUCCCCUGUAUUUGUUUCGUUCUAGCGACGAGUAGAACGGUACUCGUGUUCCUUUAUUACAGUUCUUUCGUUCGUUCGUGUUUCAUUAAAACAGUACAAUUAUCUGUAAUAAAUAAUAGCGAAUUUACCGCGAGCGGCACGAGGCCGCGUAUAGAAAAAGAAACGGAGCGGGAGAUCUCUUCGGGGCAGCGGAAACGUCCCCUAAAACAGACGGGGGAUGCCCGUCGAGCGCAACGAUCCUCUCGGGCACCGAAAGUCCAUCCAGUUGAACGAGAUACGAAAUGCUUCGACUAAAAAAAAAAAGUAUUAUACAGUGCCUACGACGAAGCUCAUCGCCGCCCUCGAAGAGCAUCUCGCGCCCCAGCUUAAGUACGAUAUUCUUAUAAUUAGUACAAGCACCACUACUGAACUGUAUAGAGAAAAAGAGUGAACGAAAGAAGCGUAUGCGUGUGUAUUAGCGAAAGAGCGACCGAAUAAUAACGAAAGAUCGUCGAAGAAUAUGAGAGAAAUUGAAAGUGUGUGCGUGUGUGUGUGUCUGUAUGUGACAGCUUGUACGCGUGUGCGAGAGGAAGAACAAAGAGCACGUAAAGACAAAAAAAAAAAAAAAA